GAGACCCGCACGGUUUGUUAUAAAAUGGAGGGUCAAUGGGGGUGAAUUUGUUCUUCGGUGUGAUUACUAUAAAGCACCGACCUUUGAAAGCCCAGAAAUCUGUGAAUUCCUUUUAGGGUUUCUGUUUUUCCCGUUUUUAUCCAACCUCCAUCUUCCAUCUGCUGCAGUUCUCCGCCUUCGCACUUUUCUUUUAAAAACCCUAUCUUCUUCCACUAGUUGUCGCCUCUCUCUCUCUCUCUCUCUCUCUCUCUCUCUCUCUCUCUCUAGCUUCGCUGUUGGUGCUGGUCGGGAACAGUGGGAGGGGAGAUUGGAUUGGUGAGACUCCAGUAACUUUUUUUGCGGCUUUUGAGAUUUUCUUCAUCAUGUUCAGAUUGGUCAGAGAAAGCCAAAUUAUGUUAUGUUUUUCUUAAGAUGAUGCCCAUUUCAUUGUUUUCAAGACAUAAGAGAUUGCAUACAUCAUUAGAACUUUUUGGAGGGGAUACAAAUGUGAUCUUUGGCAGGGCUUGGCUUUUGUUGUCUCAGCCAGUUUCCAUUGUUGGUAUUCUCCCACAGUUUGGAGAAAAUGCUAUCAGGAGUUUUCACACGUUUGAUCAAAGGGCCACAUUUUCUUUUAUUGGAACUCUAUCUCGUACAUUUUCUGUUCCUUCGAUAACUGGCCCUCAUUGUCAGUCCUGCAUAUAUCACGUUGAAACGCUCUCCUCUGGGCCAACAAAAAUGUCUUUAUUUAGUUCUUUCCAGAGGAACAUAAUGUAUGCUUGUCAUCAAAUGUUGGGCAGAUCUGAAUCGGUUUCACAAAGUUUUGGAAUUGUGGUUAGAAAAAGUGGGCAUUCACAGAUUUCUAUGAUUCGGUCUGGUAUCUUCUAUAGCUACAAAUGUUUUGAUUAUUGCAGAAGCAUCAGCAGGAGCUUAGAUAGCCAAGAAUUAUGGUUUAUGCGAGAGGCUUUGUCCCCAAGGUCAGGUGCAAGUAGAAUAAGUUGGAAGCAUGGCCAAUGUAUGGAACAAAGUGCUAAGGACUUUCAGCUAUUGCAUAUUCACCCUUAUUCUGUCUGUGCUGCUCAAAAUGCAUUUUUUGAUGGUGCACCACAGGAAGACCAAGUUAAGAACUAUAUGGUAGACCCUGACAACAGAAAGUUUGUAGCUGAAAGAUCAUUAAAGCUGCUUUCUGGAUCCUGUUACCUUCCACAUCCAGAUAAAGAAGAAACUGGUGGGGAAGAUGCCCAUUUCAUAUGUGAUGAUGAGCAAGCAAUUGGUGUUGCAGAUGGUGUUGGUGGCUGGGCAGAUGUUGGUGUUAAUGCUGGACAAUAUGCUAGAGAACUCAUGGUUAAUUCAGUGUCCGCAAUCCAAGAUGAGCCACAGGGAUUAAUUGAUCCUGCAAGGGUGUUAGAGAAGGCCUACUUAAAUACCAAAGCUAAGGGAUCAUCUACAGCAUGCAUUGUUGCUCUCACCGAGCAGGGAAUUCAUGCUGUGAAUCUUGGGGAUAGUGGAUUCAUUGUUGUUAGAGAUGGAAGCACCAUUCUCCGCUCGCCAGUUCAACAACAUGAUUUCAAUUUUACUUACCAACUUGAGAGUGGCAAUGGUUGUGAUCUUCCUAGUUCUGCUCAGGUCUUUACUCUGGCCGUUGAAGCUGGUGAUGUAAUAGUUGUUGGAACAGAUGGAUUGUUUGACAAUCUAUACAGUAAUGAGAUUAACGCCAUUGUUGUUCAUGCUUCGAGGGCGAGGUUGGCGCCGCAGAUCACAGCUGAAAAGAUAGCAGGUCUUGCUAGACAGAGAGCUCAAGAUAAGAACAGGCAAACUCCAUUCUCAACUGCAGCUCAGGUUGCUGGAUAUCGCUACUAUGGAGGAAAGCUUGAUGACAUUACAGUGGUUGUUUCCUUCAUCACUUCCUCUAAUUGAGACUUGAGAUUAUAUUAUAAUGGUAUUUACAUACCAGAAAUUCCAUAUUUACAUAUCUAAUAUAAAAAAAAAUUAUAUUAUAUGUAUUCUAAUCUUUAAAUUACAGAAAAAAAGUGUUAUUAAUAUUAACUUAUUUAACAUAAAAUAAAUCUUUUUUAUCAUUAGAAGUGAUAUUUAAGUAAAUAAAAAGAAUAUUAGAUAUGAAUAAAAAGAAUAUUAGAUAUGUGAAUAUUUAAGAAUUUUAUUAUGUGUGGAAAUCUCCCAUUGUAGGAUGUACAGGCAUUGACAUUAGAAAGAUUAGAGAUUCAGAUGACUCAUUAUGUUUAGAUUUUUUUUUUUCAAGAAUUAGUAAAUUGAUGUAUUAUAUCCCAAUAGUGUAUGCAUAUGUAUUAUACACAAUUAAAUGAUGGCCAAUUUUAUGA